GAGAAAAUCGAUUUUCCUUCGACGAUGUAGCUGCGCGCCUGCACCGGUCAGCCCAUCAUCAGCUUCCAGUGAAUGCCGUUCCGCCGCGCCUCCAUCGUCCCUUCUGUGUCCUUGCCGUGACCGCUGAUGCACGCUGAAUAAUCCUCUCACCGAAAUCCUUGCCUCGCGAGAGAGAGAGAGAGAGAGAGGGAGAGAGAGAGCGCACAAAGCACACCGCGAAGAAAGGAUUCGCCGAAGAUUGCUGAAGGAGCAGGAGGGGCGGACAGGGGGAAGAUAUUACUAUCAUUGAACCGCUGCCCAGAAUUCGACGGUGCUGCCUGUAGACGACUACGCGACCAGGAAACCAGAAACGAAGCGCGGCGGGGGUGCGCUGAGCGCGCGAGAGGAAGCGAGAGAGCGGGCGAGGGCGAAAGAGGGAGACGCGAAGUGGGAGGAAGGUUCGCGGAAGAGAAAAGGGCAAGCGCGAGGAAGAGAGGGACGAAGGGCGGAAGGCGCGGAGGAGAGGGCGCCGCGCGCGUGAGAGAGGGACGAAUACGCGGAUACAGAUCCGUCGUGUCGGUGGCCGCUGCGGCAAAUCUGCGGCUCUCCGCGGCCGAUCGUCGUAGACGCUGUGAUAGUGAACGCCGGAUACGACAUUAGGCGCACCCGGCCUGGAUUUGGGUGCUAGCGCGCCGUUCGCGAUCGCGUGUCCCUCCCGAGCGGUCCCCGAGCUGGCUGAGCGAGGGAUGAGGUGCUCCGGUAAUGGAGCGAUCUCCGCGCGACCGCCGCGUCGCGUCUCGUACGGUCCAGCAGCGGUCGAUCCCGACCGUAACGAUUCGCGCGGAUGCCCGUCGUCACCGUGAUUCCGCCGGCACGGAAAAUUGAUUGAUAGGCGAGGAGAGAAGAGCGCUGGAGGAGGACGUUGAUGUCAGUCGACGACCUCGUGGAUCGAGUGGGGGGUGUUCUCUCGUGAGAGAGCGGACGCAUAUCGAGUAUCGGCGGUGGGUACGCGUGAGGAAGACACUGACGAGUGCGCGUAACGACGUCGAGAGACGCGUCGCAGGAAGAGAGGAAGGUAGCGCGGAAGCGUUCCUCCUCCGCGACAGUUUCGACGCUUUGAGGACACACUCGUAUACGCGAAGGUCAUUCGUUUCGAUCGAUUUCUCUCGCGUGCGAAAUCGUGCGGCCGUCGGUGAAGUGUCUGUAAAAAAAUCUCUAGGUCGGGGAAAAGGAAAAAGAGACAACCGCGUGGGAAGAAACUACCGCGCGCGACACGUAACGUUCGAUAGAAUUUCGGGAGAGUCGAGACACAGUGUACGCUCGUCUUUAAGGUCGGAGGGAGGCUGUAAGCGGUCCCGUGAUUGGUUAAGCGCGUCCGCGGGAAUCUUUUUUACCCUGUUACGUGCGCUAAUUCGAGUUGACGACGCGACGCGAGAUACGAGAUAAACUGAUGUUGGGGCCAGCAGUCGAUGGCUGCCGUGCCGAUGCCUGUAUUCGUUAGGUCGGAAGAUCGACCGAUAUCGGGGGGCGAAAGGGGCCGAGAUAGAGUGCCGAGGAGUGACUCCGUUUGAACGACCAAGUUCGACGUUUUGCGAUCGACGCCGCUAAUUCGCGCGACGGCGCGCUGUGUUCAGCGAUUACGGAGACUAGCUCGGAACUGAAACUGCCGCUAUUACUCGCCGCCAAUUCGACGGCUAAACUUUCGCCCAACUUAAUUACGGCGCUGCAGCCGUGUCGUGUUCGCGUCUGCGAGAGCCAGGCGAAAGGCGACACCAAGCUACUCUCCUCGCCGCAACUCGACGCUCGUGUUCCAUGAGAGCGCUAAUCGCGGUCCCACGAACGCCGCCACUGUGUUCACCGUCGAGCUCGCGAUUAAUUUAUGAUAAGUGCAGUAAGCCGCCUGGUGUGGAUUACGCGGACCGUGGCCCGGGGAGGGGGGGGAGAAGAGGGGUCCGGUGUGGCAUCGUUAGCGGACUCAGCGAUUAAUAUGGCGAGACAGGCAUAUUCCGUCGUUGAUUAAUAUGCCGACCGCGAGGAGCGUCAAGGCGGAAUUUAAAAUUCAUAUCGCUCGCAUAAUCGAUAGCUUGUCACACGCGCUCCCUUUCUGAUUUCGAUUCCGCCGCCGCUGCCGAGGCUACUUAUGCGAGCUGCAUAUCAAACACCACUGUGCAAUCUCUAGGAUCGAACGGAGGAUUCGUCCUGAUAUUUCAUACGCGGAUUAUGUCGCCCUGAGAUUUACAAAGGAGAGUAGAGCCUAGCUAGCUUAUAAGAUUCGCGCGCUAAUGGCGUUCGCUUCGUCAGAAUGAAAUCGGAGAAACCGCUGGCUGUGCUGCGGGCGCAACGACGUCCGGAGGACGGGACUGCGAAAUGAAAACUCCCGAGGGAGACAAUGGAAGCAUCCGCGCGAGCAUGACGGUCUCAUUCAGUGUCACGGACGGCACGCUCAGGCGGCCACAAACGAGACGCUCGGCCCGCCACUGAAACGGAGAAGAGGUAUCGUCGUCGUCGUCGUCGUCGUCAUCGUCGUCGUCGCUCUGUUGCGGUGGAGCCAGCUUCCCGCUCUCGCCUCGAGGCGAAGAGAGGAUCCGGACGGAGGAUCGGACAUCGGGUAGACACACCGAUAAAAGGACGGUGUUAUGUUAGUGACAAGGCCUCACCCUCUAGGAGGGCGCAUACUACUCGCCCUCUUCCUCCUCACCGGCUGUUUCGCCUUGCUGUCACGGGCGGCCGCCUUCCCGGACUGGACCGACUGCCCGGCGGUGUGUCGAUGCAAGUGGACCUCCGGCAAGUCCGCUCUGUGCCCGGACGCCGGCCUGACAUCGCUGCCGGCGUCCCUCGAUCCGGACAUGCAGGUUCUCGAUUUGUCCGGCAACAAGAUACCCGAGCUGCAAGCCGAGAUAUUCAAGCGGGCCGGCCUGGUGAAUUUGCAGCGGGUCUUUCUACGUAACGCCGGCAUUUACAGCAUCCACGCGGACUCUUUCAAGGACAUGAGGAUACUCAUUGAGAUCGAUCUGUCGGACAAUCAUGUGACGAGCCUGGAACCGGACACAUUUCUCGGCAACGAACGCCUGCGCAUCCUGAUACUCAGCGGCAAUCCGCUCGGCACUCUGCGCAACACGCAGUUUCCGGCUCUGCAGCAUCUGCGGAAUUUGGAGCUGCAACGGUGUUCGUUGACCGAGAUACAUGGCCAGGCCUUCUCCCGGCUGACCGGCUUGGAGUUUCUCAAGCUGGACGGCAAUCAUCUGGAGUAUCUGGAGGCUUCGGUAAUAUCCAAUCUCUCACGGCUGAAAACCUUGACGCUGGAAGGCAAUCAGUGGAGAUGCGACUGUCGACUGCGAGGUUUCCGCACCUGGCUGAUCCCCGAGGCGCCCAGCAAGCUGUAUUCUGUGCCACAAAUCUGCUCGGGUCCGCAAAGAUUGGAGGGUCGCAGAUGGGAGGACGUGAAACCCGUCGAAUUCGCCUGCGAGCCGGAAGUAUUCGUUUUGGCGAGCAGCAUACAGGAGGAGACGAACGGUAAUCUCAGCCUGGCGUGUCUGGCAACCGGCGAUCCCGAGCCGGAAGUCUGGUGGCAAUUGAACGGCGGACCGGUCAACGUCACCAAAUCGACCGAUCAGAGUUACACGGGGACCCUCGUCGUCUACACGACGUCCGAGAUCGGCAGCGUCACUUCCGAUAAAUCCGCGUCGUCCAAAAUCGUUCCGGAUCGCUGGAGCAAUAUGACGGUCUACAACGCCAGCGACAGCGACGCCGGCGAGUACGUUUGUUUCGCGCGGAACAUCGCCGGCGUCGCCCGGGACGCGGUGAACGUGGCGAUUCCGCGAGUCUACACGGCUCCGACUCUCUCGCAGAGCGACAACUGGCUGCUCUGGGUGAGUCUGGCGGGAGGCGGCGCCGCUGCCGCGUGCGCCUCCAUCUCGGCGGUGAUGCUGGCGCUCUGUCUGUGCGGCGGCAGCCGGCGACACAGCAAGCGCGAGAAGAUCAAGCUGCAGGGCAGCAGCAGCUUCGGCGAUCAGGAGAAGAAGCUGCUGGAUCUGUCCGUGACAACGACGACGCCCGGCAACAGCAACGACCGCGGUAGCGGCCACGGCAGCCUCGGCGAGGCGUGCAGCACCGGCGAUCUGGAGCUGGCCGAGCGCGGCUCCAUCUGCGACCCGAUGGCCGCGGCCGCGGUCACCGUCGAGCGGCUGCGGCCCGCCGAGAGCGCGGUGAACGCCAUCCGCACGGUGCCGUGCGCCUCCACGCCCGCCGGCGUGUUCCCGCCGCCGCCGCCGGAAUUCACCACCGGCGUGCUGCCGGCUGGCAUCUUCGGCAACAUCUUCAUCUCCGUGUCGCUGCCGCAGGACGCGUCGUCGGAGCGCUGCUAUCCGGAUCUCCUCGACAUCCCCGUCCACGCGGUAAGCGGCGCCGCGACCGGCGUCGUCACGACCGGCAGCAAGGCGAUUCUGCCGGCGACGUCGACCGUCAACGUCUCCAGCUUCGCCACCCUGCCGCGCCGUGCGCUACGCACCUCCGAGAUCGCCAUCGGCUCGCCUUACGACAAUAUGGGGCCGCGCAUCACCGCCAACGGCAGUUCCGCGUUCUCGCUGACGGACAUGGAUCUGCGACUGUCGCCGCCGCCGCCGCCGCGAAUCAUCCAGCCGCCGCACGAGUUCGUUUCCCUCUAAAGCUGCGGCUUUCUCCGUGUCAUCGAUCCAUAUUGUCGCGCGCACUAAUUUCGUUAAUCAAUAAUUUACCGUUAAUAGCGCUUCUCCGUUAUACAUAUAUAUUGCAUAGUGGUCCGUUAUUACCCGAUAUUAUUGGAUGACGACAAUUAACGCGCGAUAAUAUUGACCGUGACAGGAAUCGCUUGUGGACUGACUUCGCGAGUACGCCGCGAUUCGAACGAGUGAUCCGUAUACGCUCCUCGGUGGAGUUUACCAAAACGCAUCGAGUUAUCUUUCGUAUCACGAGUCGUAAAUUUUGGCAAUGACACGGGUCACGCUGGUAUCGAAGAACUUUCGUCCCAGUAUUAUGCGCUCUCACCGAGCAAUCAAGAACUUUGUUGUAGCAUCAGAAUAUUGAUCGCGCAACUCUCUGGACUGCCGCUUAUCGAAUCAAAAUUUUUAACUGAUAUUUGUUUACGAAGAUAUAUCGUAUAAUCUACACGGCAAUUAAAAAAAAAAAAAAGUCAUUAAUCAAACCGCCUCGAUUAUUGUCGCCUGCUUGCGCAGCAGAUACGAUGUGAUAAUCUCUACCGAUUUGUCACGAGAACUACGCAAAACUCAGCUGAUAACUUAAGGAACAAUCAACGAUUAAAUCCAGACAAUUUGAAUCGAGUCUGAAAAUCAUCACAAAGGCGUCGAAUAUUUUUUAAGCAUCUUUUGAACUUUUGUAUUGUGUUUAGGAAAGUACUAUGAGUGUAGCAACUAUCUAGACGAUUUUUUUCGAACGUUUUAUCGAAAAAUUAUUAUUAAGAGAAGGAGCAUGUAAAGAAAAAAAAAAAAAAUACUGCAGGGAGUGAUUAGCAUGUGUCGACGUAUAUUUUUGGCGGAUAGACAGAAUCGUACGAACCGUCGAUGGACAGAGCCGGACAUCUCGUGGGGCGACAACGCGCUUGUAGUCGUGAUUAAACAAUUCCCUCGGGUGCAGUCGAAAUCAACAUCAUUCUUCCCUUUGUCACGUAGCGGCGAAUCCGGCGAAUUAGCAUGCGGGGAAAAGGGGAAGCGAUUGCAAUAGAGGAAAUCGAUAUCUUCCGCCGCGUCGGCCGAUGUAUCACCGAGAUUAGUAUACGGAGCAUUUGAUCGAGUGCUAGAAUGUAUCGGCGGCCACUGAAUACUGUCCGACCUAUCGAAUAUCUGUCUGUCUAUGCUUGUCUACCUGCCUUGCCCGCUUGUCCGGCCGGACUACCCGCGGCCACUUGCGCCCACAGUGACUAUGUGAUUUUGGACGAGUGUGCUUGAGAUAUCUUAGAGUCUAAGUCUCUUCUAGUCCGCUAAAAUGAUUCGAAACGAAGGGCGAAUUCGGCGCGACACGUUUGUACAUAGUUCACGGCUAUUUCUUCAAACGAUGGACCUUCGACCGGCGUGGGCAAACGCCGAGCGCCUCCCAUUAUCUUCCUCCCAUUCAUUCUCCAAAGUGUAUCACUAGUUUGUUACGUACUCUCUACGUGUGUACAUAUUUGUUAUUACAUUAUACAUUCGUGUAUAUACACGCGCGAUCUGGACGCUGCGGAUUACGCGCACGCCGACGCGUUAUACAUGGAUAUAUUCAUUAUGAACACUUUGUCAAUUAAUAAAAUCAUUGAAUUUUACAUA